AUGUUAAAAUAUAAACAGUAACGACUAAUAGAAGAUGAAUCCCAGCCCUACAAAUUAAUGGUAUCACCUGCAAUCCCAUUUAUAUAAGAUCUAACAACAUAAAAUGCGUUCCUCAGAAAAAAAGAGACCCCUCAGUCGUCCAAGAACAUCAUCUGUAAAUAAACCUUAAGUAGACAUCUUGGUUGAAAUCUAAAACCAAAAUGAAAUCCUCACCAAAGCCAUUAAUUCACUAAAGAACACUAUCGAAUAGUUUAAGGAAUGA